AUGCCAUCGCUGCGCCCCUUCCAGGAAGUGUGGGCACUCGCACUGCUACUGGCUUUUGACCACGCUCAGAGCAAACAAAUCAACUCCUUUGCGGGCCCAUUCAUCGCCUACGGCUAUCGGGCUGACCACUGUCCGUCAGAAAUUGUGUCGUUUUCCCUCCGGGUGACCCACUUCAACCCUCAACGACCAUACGACCCACAGUUCUUAUCCGGAGAGUUGACAUUUCAAGAAGAUUAUGGGGACUAUUACAUGACAAGUUUCACCUUAGACAAGCGAUCUAACAACCAAUGGAAAGACAACUUUUUCAUCCUCAAGUUCCCCAACGUGGGAUGCUCCGUGAUGCGCAACCAAAUUCCCGACCUGUUCCGCAUCUUCGCCAAACAUAGUGGCAGGGGCGGACUGGCCCGGGAGUUCCGGUUUGCACCAUUCGACGGCAAAAAUGCUACAGAAUAA